AUCUACACUAUCUCAGAGAGAGGGAGAGAGAUAGAGAGGGAGAGAGAGAGAGAGAAAGAGCAUUUACGUUGCAGAAUAAGAGAACCAACAUGAGAUAUUCCAUCAGGUUGCUGCUUUCUUAUCCUACACUAUCUUCAUAAGCUUUCAUCUGUGUGCAUAUAGAAGUGUGAUCUGUUAACUGUGUAGAAGUUGAUACUUGAUAGUGCCUGCCUUUUCCCACACCUUUUUUUCCUGUUUUCUUGUUGGGGAGUCUAUUUAUGUAAGAUUCUUGAGGUUGAAAUAUGAUGGAUCUGCGUUUCGAUAGCCAAGAUGAUAAGGCCGGUCUCCAACUUAUUGAGGAGCUGACUGCAAGUGCAAAGAAAGUACAAAAACAGGUUCUAGUGGAGAUAUUAACAAGAAAUGCAGAAACAGAGUACCUGCAGAGGUUUCUGUCAGGGCAGUGUGAUGUCGACCUCUUUAAAGAGAAGGUCCCCCUUGUGAAUUAUGAAGGAAUCAAGCCUUACAUUGACAGAAUUGCAAAAGGGGAGCCAUCUCAUUUGCUUUCUGCUGAACCCAUUUCUGAACUCCUCACGAGCUCUGGGACAUCUGGUGGACGGCCAAAGAUGAUGCCGUCAACCGCCAAAGAUUUGGACAGGAAAACCUUUCUUUACGAUCUGCUUGUGCCCGUGAUGAACAAAUACAUCCCUGGACUUGACCAAGGAAAAGGCAUGUACCUCUUGUUCAUCAAACCAGAAACCAAAACUCCAUCUGGUUUGAUGGCCAGGCCGGUUCUUACAAGCUAUUACAAAAGCAAGAAUUUUAGGAACAGACCAUUUAACAAAUACAAUGUUUAUACAAGCCCAGAUGAGACAAUACUCUGCCCUGACAAUAGGCAGAGCAUGUACUGCCAACUUCUUUGUGGGCUGAAGCAGAGAGGUGAAGUUCUUCGAGUUGGUGCAGUAUUUGCAUCAGCAUUCCUGCGUGCAAUUAAGUUCUUGGAGGAUAAUUGGCGAGAGCUGUGCCUGAACAUAAGGACAGGAAACCUCAGUGACUGGGUUACAGACAUUGGUUCCCGAGAAUCAGUCACACGCAUCCUCGAGCAGCCUGAUUUUGAGCUUGCCAACUUGAUUGAAGCAGAAUGCUGCAAGAAAUCAUGGGAAGGAAUAAUCAAGAGAAUUUGGCCUAGGACAAAGUAUAUUGAUGUCAUUGUCACUGGAUCCAUGGCACAGUAUAUUCCCAACUUAGAAUUCUAUGGUGGUGGAUUGCCACUGAUCUCAACCAUGUAUGCAUCUUCUGAAUGUUACUUUGGCCUCAAUCUCAAGCCUCUAAGCAAGCCAUCAGAUGUCUCCUAUACGUUGCUUCCAAAUAUGGCAUUCUUUGAGUUUCUUCCAGUAACUAAAGGCCAUGAAGGUGAGAUUGGAAGUGUCCACCGCAAUGGCUUUACCAGUAACAGUUGCUUGGAAACUGAUCAGAAUUCCAGAAAGAAAGAAACAGCAGCUGUUGAUCUAGUAGAUGUACAAAUUGGACGCUGCUAUGAACUCAUUGUCACGACAUUUACAGGCCUAUACAGGUACAAAGUUGGGGACAUUCUCAUGGUGACCGGAUUCCAUAACAAGGCUCCCCAGUUCAAAUUUGUCCACCGGCGGAACGUUGUGCUGAGCAUUGACACCGACAAGACAAACGAGGAAGACCUGAUGUCCGCGGUGGCCCGGGCGAAGCGGCUCCUGGAACCUCUGGAAUGCAUGCUAACCGAGUACACCAGCUACGCCGACACAUCCACAAUUCCAGGCCACUAUGUUCUGUUCUGGGAGAUUAAGCACAUGGGCAGCAGCACUGCUGCAUGGAGGAAGCUGGACUCCUCUGUCAUGGAGGAGUGCUGCUCUGUGGUAGAGGACUCCCUGGACUAUAUCUACAAGAGAUGCAGAGCGAAAGACAAGUCCAUAGGACCAUUGGAAAUCAGGGUGGUGCAGGAAGGCUGCUUUGAUUCCCUCAUGGAUCUCUGCGUCUCCCAGGGCUCCUCUGUGAACCAGUACAAGACCCCAAGGUGCAUCAAGUCCAAGGAGUUGCUGAGGCUGCUCGACUCCAGAGUCAUCGGCAGAUUCUUCAGCCAGAAACCGCCGGUUCUACCGACCAUCCACCAGACCUCCUGACCGAACUCGCCGGAAAUAAUUUUUCCCGGCGGUGGCGCGGGGAUCCCGAUCUACUGCCCUGCUUUUUUACCUCUCACCAUCAGCGUGGAUCUUGUGCCGUACUGUAUUUUGUAUAAGCACGUGUGUAUGGAAAGGUACCUCUUCUUUUGGGUUUCACUGAUGGUCAUGGUCAAAUCUUUCUCCUUUUCGUCCAAUAAAAAAUUGCCACGUAGUGAUGCUUUAAAAGCUAGCAACGUGCAGGUGAUCUCAUCGUCACGUGCGCCGGGAACCAGUCCGAGACUCGGUCAAGGCUCCUCCGAUUCGGUCAUGUAUCGGUCAGUCACGAUUCGAGUCGUCAGCUGAACCCUAGGCUCAAAACCGGAGGUGCAAGUUUGAGAAGUUCUUCAAGGGAAGGCCUGUUGACUUGCCAUAAUCAAUGGGGACCAUAAUGAAUGAGCCUUGCCAAAAUCUUAAUAUAUACAUACAAGGAAUGGCCUUCCUGAUAUCCUCCCUUUUCUACUGCAAUUUUUCAUUUUUAGAUCGCCACUGAUUUGAUUGUCUUGGUCUUAACAGGAAAGAGAGACUCAAAAAAUAUUAAAGCAUG